CUAUGACUGAGAUCCUCUGGGCCUUCUCCAUCUGGCUCGAGUCCGUCGCCAUCCUGCCCCAGCUCUUCAUGCUGCAGCGCACGGGCGAGGCCGAGACCAUCACGACGCACUACCUGUUCGCGCUGGGCGCCUACCGCGCCCUCUACAUCCCCAACUGGCUGUACCGCUACUUCGCCGAGGGCUACGUCGACCCCAUUGCCCAGAUCGCCGGCAUCAUCCAGACCAUCCUCUACUCCGACUUCUUCUGGAUCUACUACACAAAGUGAGUGGUUUUUUGCUCUUUUGCUUUUUUGCUCUUUUGCUUUUUUGCUCUUUUGCGCCGUUCGCGGCCGGAUGAACCGCCAAUGCGGUGGGCGAGACAAGGGGAGCUGUGGUGGUGGCGGGCUUGGAGCAAGCGGCAAGCGACAAGCGGGCAAGCGGGCAAGCAAGCGCGGGUCUCGUGCUCGUGCUCAUGCUCGUGCUCAUGCUCGUGCUCAUGCUCGUGCUCGUGCCCGUGCCGGCAAGACGCGGACCACCGCGCAUCAGGUCUGGGCUGCAUCUCCAAAAGCGACAGCAACCCCCUGACGUCAGCGCCAAAGCCGCGAUGCCACCAGUCCAGCCAUAUACAAAGCCACGCCCCGCGCCCCUUGCCCCCUCCCAUCCUCUCCCAGACAGACAGGCAGACAGACAGGCAGACAGACAGGCAGACAAACGCCUCCCCACAAACCCACCCCAAACGCAUGCAUGCUAACACCGCGCGCCACCCCCAGGGUUCUGCAGGGCAAGAAGUUCAACCUGCCCGUCUAAGCCCCCUCCCAGCACCACCGCAGCACGUGUACAGCACAGCGCAGCACGCACGCACGCACGCACAGCCAGGCAGCCACUUCCACACCCACGAACACACAACAACAGCAGCAACGAAAUUGGUGGCAGCGGCGAUGGCAGUGGCACGAAACACGAACGAAGCGAAGCUAAGCUGCAUGCACGCACGGCACGGGCACACACGGCGAAGAGGAUAAAUAGCGGGAGCAAGAAAAGGAAAAAGCAAAAGCGAAAAGCGAAAGCGAAAAUGGAAGUGAAAGUGAAAGAAAGAGAAAAACCGGUCGCAGCGUUUUUGUG